AUGGCUCCACAGAGAAGAGUAAAACGAGUCUCGAUGGAUCAACUGUCGUUAGUUGCCUUCGACGACAGAACAAGCGUCGACAGCAAGGAGCUAGCGACCCAGACGUUCUUCGGCAAGAAGCAACAAGCCCCCGCACCCAUCUCCAAACAAGUCCCAUCCCACUCAUCCUCUGUCACAUGGAAAAGCCAAGCCAUCAAAGACAAGGAGGAGUACGAACGGGUCAAACAGCGGGUCCGCCACUUUGCUCCUGAGCUGUUCAAGGCCAGCGCGACACCAGGCCCAGGGUCACCGGCGAUCUUUCCACAGAACGUCGGCGAGUGGGUCACCCACAAGAAGGAGAUACUUGCAUUGGCCGAGGCUGAGCAAAAGAAGAACUGCGAAAUGCUCAAGGCUCAAAUCGAAGCUCGCCAAAAGAUCCCAAAAUCCCAGCGCAAGAUCAAAUCAGUUUUUGGCGAGAAUGGCAAGAUCUUCAAUGAUGGGCUCAGUCCAGUGCUGGGGUUCCCUACCAUCUGGUCAGCCGAAUACCUCGGACAGGUAGCCAGGUGGCCAAGCAACGGCGAGUUGCAAUGGAACGGCGACAAUAGGCAGAACCUCCUCGCUAAGACCAAAUGCGGCCGCUUCCUUCCUCCUCCUCGCGCUCCUGCCACCCCAUCAGCGCCGUUCCAAGAGCAGCCCUUUUUAAAGCAGUUGCCACUUGAUGAAGCUGGCCCCAUCUUCUGCAUGGGUCCUCGGCCGGACGAAAUCUUUGUCAGCAAUGCUGACAUGGAUUCAGAUCCGCAAUUCGAAGCACUCGGCAGCUUCCUCUUGGGAACAGAGCUGAUGCAGGAAGUUGGCCAGUGGAGACCCCCUGUUAUCCCACUGUGGCCACAGGAGCAGUUGCUAAUGGGAGAAGGGCCUAUGGUUCCCUAUCAAGGAGAUGGGUUCGUCGGAACACCGGCGAUUGGCAGUGAGAUGUUAUACAAUGAGAGCAUGCAGGCCAUGCACGCUGAGAUGUGGCACAAUGAGUGCAUGGAGCCAGAGCUGUGGCAGGACCCUAUGUGGAUGUAA